GGUGGCGUCGGCGGCGGUAGUCGGAGCGCGCGCUCUUCUCUCCUUUUUCGCCGGGCAACGCGCACGCCGCUGGCGGACCGCGUAUAACGUCAACACUGCACGCGAGGACAAGCGGCUUGCGCCCGGGCUUUGACUCGGCUGAGGGCGAGGAACCACGUUUCGGUGUCCGCCGGUGGUGUCCGGCCCAUGGAGGAGGUCGUCGUGACGGCGUCGUCAGCUGGGCCGGAGCUGUGACCCUCGGCUCGCUUCUCGUUCGUUACAUUUUUUUUUAAACUUUCUCCCAAUUUUUGUUGUCCGAGCCCGAACGUUUCGGGGGGCUGCGCCGCGCGGAAUCGUCGGUGCACGUGUUUUAUUUUUGUUUUUAUUUUGUUUUUAUUUUUUUUUUCGCUUUGUUUUCCCGGUGCGGCGAACCUUGGUCCACGGUCUCGUCGAGCGAUACGAAAACGUGCCAUACUGUGUCAUCGGCGGCCGGUUAUCGUUACGGGCUUGACGCUGCACGCCGCAUCGUCGUCUGCUAUAUUCUUCUGACUGUCUGCUGCUGACUCUGACCCAAGAGUGAACGUGGAUAACGAGAGCGUGCGCUAGACUACGCGCGUUCACUUUUGGGACCGGUGCUUGUCGUACUUGAAAACGGUGCGAGGGGACUCUUUGUCGAGAGGAAUCGUCGCUGGUCGACGGCAGCUCGCUGACACACGGCGACGGCAAGCGACGCUGGCGUCAUGACGGGAGCGGAUGACCAGAGCUGUUUGGAGGCGUCGUCUGCUAGCGGACGUGCGCCCGACGGGCCGCUCCACCGCGGCGUGGUCUCCAGAGACGGUGCUUCUCCGCAUCUUGUGACAUGGCUGCUGGUGUCGGUGCUCUUUGUGCUGUGCUUAUUGGCCGCCGAGAACCGCGUGGACGCGAGACAUUUCACGGCGGACGAGCUACUGCGGACCAAGUUUCCGAUGAGGGUCUCGGACGACCUAGACCUUGAUCCCUGCAAAUCAGAGCUCGUGAUGGGCGACAUAGCCAUGUCGCGGGAGACGUACCGACGGCGAAGCAGGCAGGCCAAGCUCGGGGUCGGCUUCAACGUUACGGACCGGGGCCCCAGGUUCCGCAGCAAACGGCGGCGACACCGGCACCGGGAGCGCGCGGGCAAGAACCGCCGACGCGUCCGCGCCGCCACUGCGAGGCCCGAGAGGCUCUGGGACCACGCCGUCAUCCCCUACGAGAUCGAGUCCAACUUCAGUGGGGACCACCGAGCGCUGUUCAAGCAAGCGAUGCGCCACUGGGAGAACCACACGUGCAUCAAGUUCGUGGAGCGUGGCCCCGAACACCAGCACUACAUCGUCUUCACUGAGAGGCCCUGCGGAUGCUGCUCGUUCGUCGGAAAGCGGGGCAACGGGGCACAGGCCAUCUCCAUCGGCAAGAACUGUGACAAGUUCGGCAUCGUGGUGCACGAGCUGGGCCACGUGGUCGGCUUCUGGCACGAGCACACGCGGCCCGACCGCGACCAGCACGUCGACAUUGUCACCCGUAACAUCAUGACCGGCCAAGAGUACAACUUCAACAAGCUCACUGACGAGGAGGUGAACUCGUUGGGCCUGGCGUACGACUUUGAGUCCAUCAUGCACUACGCGCGCAACACGUUCUCCAAGAGCACGCACCUGGACACCAUCCUGCCGCAGGAGAAUUCCACCACGAGGCACCGCCCCGAGAUCGGCCAGCGCGUGCGUCUGUCGCCCGGCGACAUAUCGCAGACCAACAAGCUCUACAAGUGCCCCCAGUGCGGCCGCACCAUGCAGGAGCCGAGCGGCCUAAUCGCGUCCCCGGAGCUGGUGAACAGCGUGACGCCGCAGGCCGAAGGCGAGCACUGCGAGUGGCGCAUCACGGCCACGCACGGGGAGCGCAUCGUGCUCAACGUCACCCAGCUGGACAUCUACGAGUCGGACAACUGCGAGACCGACUACGUCGAGGUGCGCGAUGGAUACUGGCACAAGUCGCCGCUGCUCGGUCGGUACUGCGGGACGGGACGCAUCCCGGAAAUGCUACUAAGCACAGGGUACCGCAUGCUCAUCGUCUACCGGACCUCGAGCAACCAGAAUGGACAUGUUGGCUUCCGGGCUUACUACGAAGCGGUGUGCGGUGGUGACGUGGUCAUGGAGGAGGGCGUCCUUCAGAGCCCCAACUACCCGGACGACUACCGGCCGAACAAAGAGUGCGUAUGGAAGAUAACCGUGCCGGAAGACUACCAGGUGGCGCUCAAGUUCCAGUCUUUCGAGGUGGAGAACCACGACAGCUGCGUGUACGACUACCUGGAGGUUCGCGACGGCCAUGAUGCGAGCAGCCCGCUGCUGGGCAAGUUCUGCGGCUACCGGACGCCCGAUGACCUGCGUUCCACCACCAACCGUAUGCUCGUCAAGUUCGUCUCCGAUGGAUCGGUCAACAAGGCCGGCUUCUCGGCCACAUUCAUGAAAGAGUUCGACGAGUGCCAGAACACGCAGCACGGCUGCGAACACGAGUGCGUCAACACCCUGGGCGGCUACCGCUGCGAGUGCAACAUCGGCUACGAGCUACACUCGGACGGCAAGAAGUGCGAAGACGCGUGUGGCGGCAUGAUCGAGGCAUCGAAUGGGACCAUCACGAGUCCAUCGUUUCCGGACCUGUACCCGUCCAACAAGAACUGCAUCUGGGAGAUCGUCGCCUCGCCCCAGUACCGCAUCACGCUCAACUUCACCCACUUUGACCUCGAAGGGAACAACCAAGACUGCGAGUACGACAAGGUGGACAUCCUCAGCAAGAUGGGCGACAACACGAUCCGGAAGCACGGGCUCUUCUGCGGCUCCUACCUGCCACCCAUCAUCACCUCCGAGGGCAACAGCCUGCGCAUUGAAUUCAGCUCGGACAACUCGGUCCAGAAGAGUGGCUUCGCGGCGGUUUUUCUCACGGACAAGGACGAGUGCGCGCACAACAACGGCGGCUGCCAGCACAUCUGCAAAAACACUGUGGGCAGCUACAUGUGCGCCUGCCAAAAUGGCUUCGUGCUCCACCCGAACAAGCACGACUGCAAAGAAGGCACGUGCACGCACCAGAUCAGCGCCCCGCUGGGCGAAAUCAACAGUCCCAACUACCCGGACGCCUACCCGAGCAGGAAGGACUGCGCCUGGCUCUUUACCACCACUCCUGGGCACCGGCUCAAACUGAUCUUCAACGACUUUGAGCUGGAGCCGCACCAGGAGUGCGCGUACGACCACAUCUCCCUGUACGACGGCGACAGCACAGACGCCCCGACGCUGGGUCGCUUCUGCGGGGCCAAGGUGCCCCACCCCAUCCUCUCCACCACCAACCGCAUGUACAUGGUGUUCAAGAGCGACGCCUCCGUGCAGCGCAAGGGCUUCAAGGCGUCCCACUCGACGGCCUGCGGAGGGCGGCUGCUGGCGACCGGGCGCACCGUGGAGCACCUCUACUCCCACGCCAAGUACGGCGAUCAGAACUACGAGAACCGCGAGGACUGCGACUGGCUCGUCGAGGCCGAGUCCGGCCGCGUGCGCCUGCGCUUCCUGACUUUCGAGCUGGAGCACGAGCAGGACUGCGGCUACGACUUCGUUCAGCUCUUCGACGGCUACGACGACUCGGCGCCCCAACUGGGGAAGUUCUGCGGGAAUAAGAUGCCGGGCGAGUUCACCUCCAACUCGGGCUCCCUGCUGCUUCGCUUCCGCUCGGACGACAACAUCAACGCCAAGGGCUUCUCGGCCGCCUACUCGGCCGUGGACACCGGCGAGUCCGGCCAGCAGCACGCCCCCACGGCGCCGCCGUUCCCGGCCGGCGCUUCCGGCUCGUUCUCCGAAGUGCGCGCACCGCACCACCGGGAACGAAAGCUCAGACUGCACCGCCACUGAGGCACGCGCAUCGGCACCACCACAGCCAGCGAGCGGCGCCAGGGCGCCGCCCCAAGCCAUAGUCACACACACAAUCCACAAUCAUCCCCGCCUGCUGCGGAUCGCGCGUGUAGUUACACCACCCUUGUCUGGACGUCACUGCAUUUUUUUUUUCAUUUUUUUAGUUCGCCACUCGCGAAUGUGCGUCCAACGCGUGUGGCGGACAAGUGAAUCGUGAACGGUGGAGGCGCGGGAAUCCUGCACGCCGCCGACCCCAUGUCACACGCAGUCCCCGAUGAUGAAGGCGUUGCAUCUGUUGGGCUCGUGAGCAGAGUGUAGGCGGUGGGAUCCGUCCGCCGCGAUGAUGGGAAGGUUUCCCUGCUCGGUGACAGAAGUGCGACUCUUCCUGUGAUGCUUGUUGGAUACUUCCUUUUUCUUUUUCCCCCGACCGCCCUCGGAGCGUCCUCUCUAAUGGCACACGUAUGCUUCGCGUUAGCGCACCUUGAAGUAUGUUUUUGUACGUAGUAUCAAGGAGCUGGCAGCAGCCGGUCGCUCUUUUACGGGCGAUUUGUUUGAAGUUUGUUCUUGAUGGAGGAAAAAGGUGUCACUGCACGGCUUUAGUCACGGCGCGAUUAAUUUUACUGGACUUAGAGGGGCAGGUAUUCUGCGCAGCCCGACAAGGCAGCUUUGUUUUCCGUGUACGCGCGUUCGUGUGUUUCCCAGGGUGCUUUUCGUAUUUUUCUUUUCGUGUGUUUACCGCGACGUUCGCAUUGGGUAAUUGCGCUAUACAUUCGAUGUGAUGUCGACAAUAUUCACAGCUUGCGUCAUUUAGUGUAGACAUGUAUCUUGAGAGCUUUUCUUGACAAAUAUCACAGUCAAAUACGCGCUGACAACACAACACUCCCGCUAGGAUGCUUAAAGCCUUCUUGUGUGCAUUUAUUUCGUCUUCAAUUGUGCUUCUCGCCUUGUGGCAAACAGUGCGCAGGUUUUGUCCAGUAGAGUAUCUGGCGAGUGCUUUCGGGCGGUCAAUGCACUUCUGUAAGCGCUUUAUAUGAAAACAACCUCAGCGGUGCGAAACAACUGUGUCUCAGCCACCAGGUCACAUUUUUCAGAAAUACUUCAGAAAGUCUGACCAAGUCCCUCGAGCCGUCUUGUUGGCAGCCCUAGUUUCACUUGGCCAAAGUUAGACGAUAACGGAUAUAUUUUCUGAAUAAAGGCAACAACAGCUGCGUUCGGUUGUUGUACAAAGAGCGCAGAGUGAUUGCCAGAACUAAAAAAACAAAUCCAAAAAGAAAAAUUAUCCGCAAUAAAAUUGCGAGAUUACUAUAACGGUGUAACAAUUUGAUUCGCGAAACGCAUCUGAAUAUGAACAAAUGACGGAUCUUCAUCCACGCUUCCGUGCGAACGCGGGCAAGCUCUGUUCCUCGUGAAAUAAGCACCGUGCACAACGAGCGUCCUGCAUGUAUUUUUGGUACGUCUGUUUGUCAUUGUCGUUAGCAUUGAACGGCGUUGUGAAAAGAAAAAGAAAAGCACAUUGGUAUCUCUUCGUGAAACGAGCGAAUGAGCCACCCCCUCCCUCCAGCCACCCACUCACUCACCUACUUAAUUUUUUUUUUUUCAAUUUUAUCUGUUAGAGCAAAGAAGACCGCUGUUAUAGCCAUUGUGGCGUGGAGUUGAGCUUACCGGCACCCCAACAGCGGAAGAGGUGUAUCCUAAAGCAUCCCGGUUCGUCCAUACACGCGCAGGAAUCCCGCUUAUAUAUAUAUAUAUAUAUAUAUAUAUAUAUAUCGCUCCCGUGACCCUGCGCAGGAAAGUUUGGCCAUUCUUUUCAGGACGCGAGAGGAGAAGGGGGUUUAGCCGAACCUAAUUAAACGGAUCGCCUUUGGGUCUGCCUAAAAACGUUCAGUUAGGGUUCCGAAAGUGCUGACUACCUCCCUCCGUGACUUAUUUCCCAGAAUGCUGAGCGCGCAGCUACCUAUCUUCAAGUGGCGCAGUGCUUUUUCAUGAAUAUUUUCGCGGGCUGCUCUGCGCACUCAACAGAGCUUCCAUGGGUCUUGGCGUCUGUGCCAAUGUCCCCACUGAAACACGCUGACGGUUUUCCUUGCCACUUCUCUCUCUCUUUUCUUCCUUUUCAUAUGCUUUCGCUCGUGCAAAACACGGCGCCAAGUUUCUUGUCUGAAUCCGUCGCAACCUCUGUGGAUGUUAGAAUUCCAUGCGCCAGCAAAAUUUUCAUCCUGCUGAUUCACAAAAAUUCUCUCGCCGUGGGCGCACGCUAUGUCAGUGAGAGAAACGUGCCUGUAGCGCAUACGAGACCCGAUUUCCACUACCACCUGUUUUGCUAUACUACAGCACAUCCGCGGCUCGUUAGUUCUCCUUCAGUGAUGAAGUAUAUAAUACCCACAAAAUAAUAAAGCGCGCUUGUUGUUGGAGAAUGCGCCAGGAUCCCCCACCUAUACUGUUUUUUUUUUUCGUUUUUUUUUUUUCUUCGUCUUUGCGUGUCGCGCAGAAUCGACGCUCCGCGUAGAAAACCCUCCAGCGCUGAAGCUCGGUGCUCUCCUCGCGCCAUGAGUGGCUCGAAGAGAAUUCUCCAGUCAGUCGUUGCUUUCUGAGCAUUCUCGCAUAUAUCCGCAGUGUGCAUGCAUUCAGCUCGCGGGGCAGCUAUUCGCGCUGUGAAAAACAAAAAUUAAACUACAUCGUAUUCAAAAUAAGAAAAAACGUCAUGGAUGCGCAGAAUUCUCACGACAAGCACGCCAUUUCUCUAUCGUAUAACCUUGGACUAACCACAUGCCUAACGCUGGCAGUGAGAGCUGAAAAUGCGUCUCUCUAUCUCGCGUAUUCUUUCUGUUUUUGAGAACGCACAUUUCCGGAGUAACACCGAGUGGCUGGCGACGUGGACGUGUAUAGGUGAGUGGCCCCAGUGGCGCUCAAAUAAAGCAGUGCGCGCGCGCGUGCUAGCACACACAUACAGAGAGAAAGCAUGUAACGUAUAGCGGGACGGCGCGGAGCGCUGGCGCACACUGUGUAGCCUUUUCUCUCUCUAUCUUUUAUCAACUCGGAACCCAAAGCCGAGCGUAAUGAAUUAAUCGCUCCUCGACUUGUAAAUAUAUGUAUCUUGACAAACGUGGUUUCUCCCCUUAUUUUAUUCAUCGAACACGGUGUGAGGUAGGGGGGAGAAGUUCACGUGGUUACGUGAGCGCCGGGAAGCACACAAUUAUUGCUCGCUCGGCGCCGCCGGUCCUUUCGGGCCAGCGCGGCUGUUCCCGAUUUUAAUCUCUAAUUUUGCGCUGGGGGCUGUCCUCUCCUCCACUGCGCGUCAGUCUUUUCUAACAGUUAGACACGUCUUCAGUGUGCUUACCUGCGCGAGUUACAAUUUGUGCCCACGGUGGAGUGAGAAUUGUGGAGAGGGAAAGGUGGGUGGAGGGGCUUAGGUAUGUAUCGUUUCAAUUCGCUUUCUUUCUCAUUCGUAACCCAUACCUUUCACAUACAUAGACAGCGUCAAGAAUGUCUCCGCUUCGCUUUGCUGUUUCUCCUCUCUCUCGCAUGUAAUAUAACUGCUAUACCAUUUAUACGGCGCCUGCGGGAACAACAACAAAACACAGGAAGAAUGUAAAUACGAGUAACGCACAUAAUAAUGCGGGGUGGAGAGAGAUAUGUUAUGAAGCUUACACGUUGUGAGACAUAUACCAGAUCCCUUAACCCAGAAAAGCGUGCAAGUAUGGUGUGCUUCUGCCUGAUGACAUAUCGCGUGAGAGCCUCUUUUUCUUCUUCUUCUUUGCAAACUAUAUCUAGAGUGCGUGUGGAAUGCUCCUUGUUUUCGAUGUUCGUCUCUCCUCGCGGUUGGGACCCGCUUGGUCCCACAGCCGCUUAGUGCCACGCGAUGACGGCCAUGACAAAGGAAAUAUAUACAUAUACGAUAUCAUGAGAGCCGGCCCCGACCAUUGCACUCGAUCCGCAAAGUGAAGUUCGGAAAGACUUCUUUCUUUUUUUUUUAGCUAUUCGGCUGUAGUGUAACGAAUAGCCUUUCGGUGCUCGUCCUUUAUUUCGACCGGUUUUACUCUCUUGUUUUGCUGAAUUGACCUAAUGCACUGCUUUGUCAUGAUAUGGCCGAGGGAACACUGCGCUGACAUGUUUUUUUCUGCCGACGACGGCGCACAAUGGCAUAAUAAAUAACAAGGCAAAACAGAAAAAAAACUUUAACGCAAGCAGACUGUCAGCUCGCGCAUUCCAUACAAAAGCGCUCCCAUGAUCCUAUCGACACAAGCUGUGUAAUGAGCUUAUAGCUGGUCGCCGUCGUUCGCUUUUUUCUGAUAUCAAAGCCAGAAAAAUUAGCAGACGUGGCUGCUACAUUUAGGUUGCUCCUGCGUACGAACACACUUUCACACGAUCGCACAUCUGCGGCUACUGUAAUUGCCACCCAUCUUCUCGACCCCCCCUUUUACACCUCCUUCUUCCCCCCUUCUAAUUCUGCGCUCGUUCACCGUGCAGGAUAGUUUUUUACGGUAGUAUUCUUGCCGUGCCUGUGGCGAGACCCUUCAUGCGUUGUUCGUGCUACGACUGCAGUAUUUACCUUCCGCCGUUAAUUUCCUUUUCGUCAAAGUUCACCUAAUGAAUACCGAGGCCACAAACACUCGCACUUCGUUGUAUAGUAUACACACUUCGUCUCAUAUGUCUAUUUUAUAGCGAGUACAGCUUUACUUACGACACAUUGUCUCGCCACGCGUUAUAUCCCAGGCAUAAAUUACACUCGCGGUGAGUUACACCGCGGCCCCAUUGCUUGUGAUCUUCGAUGUGAUUUUCGCUUUGAGUUUGUACUUUGCCCUCUCUUUUUCUACAUCCGCUCUUUAUUUUGUUUGUUUGUUUGUUUGUUAUCGUUCUUCCUCGUAACCAAGGUCAACAAAGUGCCCGGUGUGCUUGAGAUCCAUACGAACGGUCUAAUCUCAUCUUCGCACGCAAUGCUUAGCAUUCCUAUACACAUUAGCGCGCCCACUGCAGUCCCGAGGGUGAAUGGCGGGAGUACGCUUCGCCGCUUCCACGGAGAUGCCGCAGUCCAGCUUAAUUUGUUUUUUGUUUUUUUACAUAUACGGAUAUUUUAAGCGUGUCUGGCAGCUGAGGCUCUGUCCCGCCUUCCCUCGUGUGGUGCGCUAUUAAUCCUAACGGGAACCUGUCGCGACGGUCAAGAGCCGGUGAUAAUUUAUUUCGUACCGAUCGUCGCGCAAUCUGCCAUUCCCGAUAAAUGGUGCACCGUGCAGGCUAUGUAAGCAUCGCCUAACCAUCUCUCCCUCCAAUCCCCUCCUCGUCGGUUCGCUUCCUGAAACGGCCUCGCUCGCUGGCAGAGUCCUUUCUCUCUUUUUUUUUUUUUUUUUUUUUCAAGCGGCAGUUUUCAAGGGCAUUAUACUUAUAUCACAAGGCUGCUGUGUCCGCUUUCGGCGCCCCUUUUGUUUGAUAUUUUUGAAUGAAAUAUACACUUGUGCACAUCUACACCGACACAUUAAAUAUAUAUACAUGCAUAUAGCGUUGCGAGCACCUGAAGCGCUGUCCGCGCGUUCGGUUAAAUGAGGUUGCUUUCAUCUUCGCGGGGAAUUCGGUUGGGCAGACCGUCUCACGACGCUCGCUGAGCUUGGCUUCGUUCUGGUCCGUAGUGUUGCUGUAAGGUUCAUCGCUUUAUUUUUCUUUCUUUUUUCAGAUACGUAGUUUGAAAAAAAGGAAAAGAAAACAACGUGUCAAACCAGAAGUCAUCGACGUCGCGCAAGAAUUAUGAGACAGGCAGUUAAAAAAAAAAGUUUGUGGCUCUGAGAUGUGUUGUCUGCUAGUCGGUGGGCACCUGAACAGACAGUUUCAAAAAAAUUUAAAAUGAGUCUGCGACAACAAUGAUAGUGUCUACGCCGAAGUUGCUAUAGCGAAGCCCACCUCUACUUUCGGUAGAACACGCUGGUUAAGACGAUCAGUCCCUGAAGCUGUACGCGUGUUAUUUCUUCCAAUACGCGACAGGCCGUACUUGGCACUUGCGGCCGUAACAAGAAAUUUUAUUCGGGGGGAGGGGGGAGAGCGUUAAAGCCCACAGCAGCCAUUUUGAAAUGUCAUGCUGCGUUGUUUGUUUCUUAACCCUUGGAUUCGCUAUAACUACGAAUAAAUAAUAACAAUUAUAACGCUGAGAAGUAAUUAUAUUUUGACAGGGAGAAAACAGCGCCAAAUAUAUUUACAUACUUCCAGUCUCACAUGUAAUUCAAUGCCUCUUUCGCCAGCACUGUGAAAGUAUGAGUCAUGAUUAUUGAGGCAAUAGUUAUGAGUCUAAUUCCUAGGGCCCGAAAUGUGGGUAUAGGAAAAAUUUAAAAAAAAAAGAUUGGCGGGUGUUUGUGCUCUUUAAACUCCCUUCUUGUUACGGUCCUGCAAGCGCGUGAAGUCGUGGUGAAUAUGUGCAUGCUAAAAUCACCGCACAGUGCGAGCCUGUACCGAAAGUGUUGCAGCGAUGUAAUUAAUAAAAGAUUAUAAUACAAAAUGUUACAUGAAAGAAAUGAACAAUAAAAGUAAUGGCUCCCACAUUAUCACACAAGAUGCCGCGCGCUGUAACAUGUUAUUUCGAAAACAACAACAAAAAAGAAACCUCCAUUAAAAAAAAAGAAAUGUGUUUCCCCUUCAGUUGAAGCAUGGAUGACCCCUUGGCUCCGUGAGGAAUGUGUAUGUGUCCGCUUGAUGUUGCAGAAUACUUGUUUCCACAGAACCAUGGCACACGUAUGCCUGUCAGCUUGCCAUUGUGUGACGUUCCGGACAAGUUCGUGUCGCCAGUCACUGGAUCGCACGCUUGCAUUGUUGCUACGAGUGUAAGCAGAAUGGGAAACGAUGUAACGCUAAAAUAAACGUGUGUGUUAUUUUCUA